ACCUUCACACCUUCAUUCAUUCACACACUCACACCUGACACAGGUUUGACAGAGAGCUGGAGACCAUGAGCCACCUCAGCCCGGGACUGAUUUCAGCCUACAACAGUCUGACCGACAAACACCUCGCUGGAUACUUCAGCAACACUCGCAUCAGAAGACACUUGCAGAGAGCAGGACUGAUCACCAGGAGUGGCCGAAUCGUUCCAGACAAAGAGUACAGACACAAGGUGAUCCAGAGAACCCACCAGAGACAUGUUCGUGAAUGUCUCGCACAGGCCAUUUUCCACAAGGUGCUGGAGAUGGAGCGUCUCCAUCAAAUCGAGAUCAAAAGGAAACUGGAGGAGUUUGCAAGUAGGGAUCGAGUGCACAAGAUCAAGGUUGAGCGCUCCAGAAGGUAUGAAGACGACAUCAUUCCUGUCCUGUCUCCACACCCACCCACGGGUGUCAGGGGUUUCCGAAAGCAGCACUCCGGACCCGAGGGCGAGCACUCCGAGUCCUCCGAGUCUCUGGGAUCGUCUCGACCCAACACGGCUCCAGGGAAGAUGCAGAGGCCGGUGCGUCUGAAGCCGAUCCACAGUAACGGCACCACGGCUUCACUGAGACGCAGCUCCCCUUACAGACUCCAAGAGUCCUCCAAUGAGAACGAGCAGCCGUUCAACUGCACUAUGAACAAGGAGUCGCGGAGACGUUUGACUACAAUGGAGACCUCCAAUGACAUCUCGCCCUACCGCCUUCCAGUCAUCAAUAACUUUGUUGUUACCCCAGUGCCUCCAGCCACAAAGAGGAAAGAGAGGGGAGUGAAGGUCACUCCCAGUGGCGGCACGCUCAGAGGCCGCAGACUGCGCCCCACCACCGCCACCGGUGGUGCUAACAUCAGUGAGGACCCCCCCAUGCUGAGGAGCUCUGUGCACCAGAGCAGGGUGUGUGUGAACAUGGUGUAUUUUGGCAAAACAGUGCAUCUCUCCCACGACCUGACCGACAUGAGGGACGAUGUGAAAGUGUUUCAGCAGCACUGCGGAGGAGAGAACCUGUCUGUGUAUAAAGGCAAGCUCCGCGAGGGAGAGUCCUUCCAGUUCAUUUCGAGGCGACACAGAGGCUUCCCCUUCAGUUUGACCUUCUUCCUGAACGGGCUGCAGGUGGAGCGGCUGAGCUCCUGCUGCGAGUUCAAACACAGGAAAGGCUCCAGACUUGGUGGCAGGCACGGGCACUUCGGCUUCUUCAGCGUAGAGGGGGCCUCACCCUGCUACAAGUGCAUCAUAGCGAUGGGAUUGGACAAAAAGCCCACACCACCACCAAAGAGGGUGAAAGAGGAGGGAGGAAGAGAGGAGUCGGUCAUCAGCCCAAAGGAUGCGCCUGAGAUGGAAACAGAAAUCAUGGGAGAGGAUAUUAGUCAGCCACAGAACGUGGAGUCUCGAGUCAAAGAGGCACAUGCAACUGUGCAGAGCAGAGUCAGAGAUGAUUAUGAAGAAGAUUUUGAGGCAGAUGAUGAGGGCCCUGUGGAAGAGGCGAAUGAAAAGAAAUCCCCCUCUCCAUCCAGUGACACUGAGACGCAGGUUAAAGAGAGAGAUGCAUCGGAGACUGAAGACGAUGAGAAGGAUGACGACAUAAAGUCUCGUUCAGGCUCCAGCUGUACAGGAAGCGACCAGGAGUCAAGUGAUGAUGAAGCCACAGAAGACCACAGAGAGAAAGCGGAGCAGACUGCAGUGGCUGACAAAGAAGAAACUGUUGCUCCACCAGACGAGAAAGACGAACCAUAUCCUGAAGAAGCAGCUGCGACUGAGGCUGAGUCUGGUGCGGCUAAAGACCCUGACUUACAGGACAGUGUGGGGGACAGCACAGAGAUAGACAUCUCUGACACCAGCGUCCCCUCGGGGCAGGAGCUCAAACAGAGUGAUGGCACAUCGGGAGAAAAGGAGGAGGAGAAAACAGAGGAUGAGGGCAAACAGGAGGAACAGGGGCCAGAGAGGGCUAAAUCUGUACAGGAGAAACUGGCGGAGGCAAUACAGAAGGAGUCGCAGUGCAGCUCUGAGCCCGAACUGAGCGACACCAGCACAGAGGAGGAGGAGGAGGCCACUGGUAAAGACCUCGGUCAGAAGAAGAAUGAUGUUCCAGAGCAGCAGCAGAUUCUCGUAGAGGAGCUGAAAUACGAAGAAAGUGUUGUUGAAGCAGAAGUUGUUCAAGAUCAGGGGGAGACUUCUGAGCCAACAGAACAGGAGGAGGAUGAGAGUGAAAAAGAGCUUAAUGAGAACAGUGAGCUGUUCAAACUAGAUGAAGAUGAGAAGCGUGCAUCAGAAGAAGAAGAAAAGGAGAAGUUGGAGGACACGGUUGCAGGUCUACAUGCGGUGUCUGAAGGGAGCAUGGUGGUAGAAAACACAGCUUCAGAACCUGAGGAGGAUACAGGAGCUAAAUGCAAUGAUUCUGAAGCUGCACAGAAAGAUGUAGAGAGUGAGGAGAAAACUGCAGAAGCAGAGGAGGCUGACACGCAGUGCGACGAGAUAGGGCAAGGUGCAAAAAGGAGCGAGGCGGAUGAAUCAUCAGUAUCAGAGCUGGAUAAAAAAUCUGAUGAGGCAGUGGCAUCAGAUACUGCAGAAGAAGACGCGAUGACAGUGAGUGAGACUAUUGGGAUGAAAGCGGAGCCCUCAGAGGAGCGAGAGGCCCUCAGCUGUGAAGAGGCACCUGUGAGUGACACAGAGGAGAGGCAGCAAGGAGACAGCACGGCAGCAUCACAAACAGAAGUCACGACGGAGGAUUCGAACAGCUCAUUGGAGGGGAGCGCAGACACCACUGUGGAAAAAACUGCAGAUAUAAGUGAGGACAGCGUAAAGGACGAGGGCAGUAAAGAUGACGUGAAAAAGGAAGAAGCAGAGGAAGUGAGUAAGGAUGGGAAUCAGCAAGGAGAAGGGUUGGGAGGAGAGCAGAGAGAAAAGUCUGUGGAAAUAAGUGAAGAGGUAGACAAGGAAAAAUCUGAGGAGGACUGUAAGGAAGCAGAAGGUGAAAAUAGUGGAGAAAAGGAAGAGAAUGAAAAAGAUAAAAAAGAGGAAGAGGGCAAAGAUGCAAGUAAGACAGAAGAGAUGCUAGAAGAUGAGGAAUAUGUUGUAGAAGAUACUAAAAGUGACUCAGACCCUGAGAGACAGACAAAUGAAGAACCUGCUGAUGAAGGAUGUGAAGUUGUCCAUGAAGAGAAAGCAGAUGAAUCAGUAAAAGAGGAGGGUAGUGAAAGUGUUGAGAAUACAAAUGACGAGGAAGAAUCUGUAGCAAAGGGAGCCGUGAUUGAUGAAACCAAUGUAGUUGAAGAAAUAAAAGAGACAAAGGCAGAGAGGGACGAAGAAAAGAGUGCAGAAGCAGAAAAAGAAGAGAGAAAUGAGGAAAAACAGAUUAAAGAUGACAAAGAGAAAGCUGAAGAGGGAGAAGAAAAUUCUGCAAUUACCGAAGAUCUUGAGAAAAAUACAGAUGACGAGAAGACAUCUAGCAAGAAUAGAGUUGAGUCAGAGGACGUCAUUGAAGCAGCAGAUGGAAAUAAAAUGACUGAAGACACGGUGGAGUCUGAAGAUGCUAAGAAAGAAACUGAAGGAGCGAGUUCCAACAGUGAGAGGGGAGAAAUCGAUGGUGAAAAUGGAGAGAUUUCUACCGGAGUGGAAAGAAACAGUCAUGAUGGUGAGAUAGAAGCUUCAAACGUGGAGGAAAAUGAUGAGAAAGCAGCCGAGCAUGUCGAAGACGGAAAAAUAUUAGAGGAGGAACCGAGUGAAGGUGAAAGUACGGAUGUAAAAGAAGCAGAGUCUGGAGACGAUGCUGGAAAACAUGAUGGAGACGAGGUAGAGCAGGAUCAUGGAACAGAUGCAUCAGAAAGUGAAGCUCAGGAAAGAGGCGACGGUGACAAACGAGAGGAAUCUGCUCAAAAAGAUCCUGAACAAGAGAUUGAAGAAAGAGAAGAAACGGAGAUAACAGAGGAAUCUAAACCAGAUGACAUGAAUACUGACAGAGAGCAAGUAAAACAAGAUGAAAAUGGCAACAAACCUGACCUCAAUAAUGAAAACACAGAUUCAGACUUGAUCACAAAUAUCGAUAGUAAGAUCAACGAGGAUCAGGCUCAAUCCUCAGUACCCACAGAUUACAGUUCAGGUUGUACAAGUCACAAAUUAACUGCUGCUGUUGCCGAUGGAGAAAACGGAGAAGACGCGGAGGAGGCGAGCAAGGCCUCAGAGGAAGGAGCCAGUGUGCUGCUCAAACCUCAAGCACAAAACGAGGAGGCUCCUAACGCAGAAGAGAGCAUCGCAGUGGAUAAAGAAGCUCCAGAGGCCCUGGCAGCAGAAGACAGCACAGAUCUAGUCACAAACUGGGUAAACAUGCAUCAAAUGUCUAAGUACUUCGAGACAUUUGUCGAACCUUUAGAAGAUUUGAGGGGAGAGACUUCACAAACUCAAGUGCGCAGUAAAGAAGAGGGGAAAUCUACAGAGCUGCUGAGGGUAGAGACUCCACCUGAGAGGAUGAAGAUGAGUGAAAAGGAGGAAAAUGAGCAAACACACAAAGUUGAAAGUGAAGGAAAAGUGGAAGCUGUAGAGUCAGAGCUCGAGAGCAAACCCUGUGAAGAUGAACCUCACGAGAGCGACGCUAUCAAAGAUACGACCCAGGAGAAAGAGGAGACUGAGGUGGAGGAAUUAAACCAGAUGAUACAGACUGAAGGAAAUGAUGAAGACUCUUUAAACGGACAAAGAAAAGGAAGCAAGAAAUCUCCAGAGGAAGACAAGGAUCAAAAGGGACCAACGCAGAUGCAAAGUGAUGUUUUCAAGACUGAAGUGGAAAGCAUUGCUGGUACUCAUCAUUCCGUUGCCAGUCUCAAAGCUGAGAGUGUGACCGAGAAACAAAGUGUAGAGAAAACCUCUGGUUAUGAUCCAGAAAAACCAACAGAAACUGAAGAGACAAAAUAUCUCCAACCUGUGUCCAAAUCAGACGAGGAUAAUGAGCGCCCAGCGAGUCCAGGUGGACCAAGAGAUGCAGAGGAAUCAUGGGAGAAAACAGACGAGCAGAGUCGAGAAGUGACGGAAAUAACUGAUUUUACAACGUCCAAGUCUGACGAUGGAAGCCAAGAGGAGUCCCACGACGGAGGGAUCCAGUCCAAACCGUCCGGCGGCAGCGUGAACGGAGAGAGAAGAGACGAGCAGCUGAUCCAAGACAUCAAACGCACCCUGAGCAGAGACAGACUGAGCUCGUUCUCCGUGGAUGAGACGCUGUUUGGUAGCAGUUCACAUCCUUUGCUGAGCGCAGCGAGGACGGAGAGUUGACACUAGAGUGGCUGGCACUAAGGUACAGUGACUCUAUAAAAAAAAAAUCGUAAAAGUUAAACAAAUAUUUUUUUAGACUUCCAGAGAUAUAAAAGACAACCGAGAUGCAUUUAGAAAAUUAGAUGGCACCAGAUAUUUAGGUUUUAUUGUCAUUUUCAGACAUUUCACAUGAAGAACGCAGCAGCAGAUUGUUCGGGUAAGACACAUUCACAACAACAGGAAAAUGUGUCUGGGUAGAGAAUACAGGAGGCAGGACAUGAUCUAUGAAUUCUGCUGGGGGAGUCACGUUUUAGUUUGCAGCACAUUGACACUGAUGUCGGCCGUUACCACCCAAAGCUCUCGA